AUGCCUUCGUCAGGUCCACCGGAGCCGGUGGACGGCGACCGGCUGCAGAAACGCCUGCGGCAUGUCACCGGAGCUGCGGACGGCAGCUGCAGAGGCCCCCGCAGCGUCCCGCUGUUGCUUGGGGUGGUGAAAUGGCUAGAGCCAGCCUGGAUACCAUCUCAUGGCAUUUUUCAACCUCACCCCUCUGACACUUCAACUUUCAUCUUAAUGGGCAUCCCUGGCCUAAAAGCUUCCCAUGUCCUGAUUUCCAUCCCUUUCUCUAUGUUCUACAUUAUGGGCCUGUUGGGAAAUUUCACUGUUCUGAUUGCUGUAGGGAAAGAGAAGUCCCUGCAUAAGCCGAUGUACCUGCUGAUCUGCAAGCUGGCACUCACAGACAUUGGCCUGUCUACCUCUGUCAUGCCAAAAGCACUGUGUAUAUUUUGGUUCAAUUUGAAAGGCAUUACGGUGGGUGGCUGCCUCACCCAGAUGUUCUUCCUUCAUGCGGUUUCUGUUAUGCACUCAGCCAUCCUUGUGACAAUGGCCUUCGAUCGCUGUGUUCCCAUAUGUAACCCCCUGAGAUACACCACCAUCCUCACCAACGCACGAAUAGCUAAGUUAGGGCUAGUGGGUUUGAUAAGAGCUGUUGUCUUCAUUCUGCCUGCGCUCCUGCUCCUGAGAGGGCAUCCAUUCUGUUCCAACCAUAUUAUCCCCCAUACGUACUGCAACCACAUGGCUGUGGUGAAGAUGUCAUGUGGUGAUAUCACAGUCAACAGGACAUACAGCUUGGUGAUAUUGUUUGUAGUCAUUGGGUUAGACCUGACACUCAUUGCCCUCUCCUAUGGUCUGGUCAUUAAGGCUGUCUUCAGAAUCUCCCAUAAGGAAGCCCACCACAAAGCCCUCAACACCUGCACAGCCCACAUCUGUGUGAUGCUGACCUCUUAUACUCCCUUGCUCUUCUCCAGUCUCACACACAGGUUCGGUCAGGGCAUCGCUUCCCAUGUUCACACCAUCUUGGCCAACCUCUAUUUUCUCAUCCCCUCCAUGCUGAAUCCUAUUAUUUAUGGGGCCAAAACCAAAGAGCUUCGUGACAAAGUAGUCAAGUACAUCUGCAGAAUGUAA